CCCGAAGAACAUCCAUCCCAUUCCGGUCCCACUUUCUCCAUUCAUUCUCCAUCUCUUGGAACUGGGCCAUCUCCAAAUGCAGCGUCUCCUCGCUCUUAUUAUCAUUUGAGGCAUUAUUCCGCUCUCUCCAGAGGAGAAGAAUGCAGUUAUUUUUACCAUUCUACUAGCCAAGUGAACAACAAAAUUCAGUCUCAUAUUUUUUUCAGUGACUCACUACUGCAGCUACUACAAUUGCUCGUGUGUGUGUAGUGAGAAAGACGAUGCAUUCAUUCGUGGGGAGAAAGUGAGAUGAAAAACAACUCGUUCUGAGAUUAAUCCGACCGACCCAUUUUGCUUGAAUUUCUCGGUGUUUAGUGGAAAUGUAGGCAGCCAUUAUCCGUCUGUUGGGACCAUUCGAAUUCUACAAGCCUUGUGAGAUAAUCGUACGAAAAAAAUGCCGUGCAAAAACUACUCUCUUGGAACACCAUCUCAAAACAGUUCAUCCUCCUUUUUUGGGACUGGACUGCGGAGGGAUGAGGAUGGCGAAAUAGUUGUCGACCUGGGGCUGGAAACUGUCGCCACGACGGAAAUGAGCUGGAUGUCUCCGCUCCAAUAUGAGUCCGAGCAACUGGAGAAAGUCUCCCUUUUGACCAGAUCUAUCAAUUCUACGACAUUAUUUGCACUGAAGAAAGCCACUCCUGAAGCUGACGAGAUUUUCACCAACCCGUUCUUCAUCUUCGUCACGGCAUUGUCCUGUUUUGGAAAUCUGGCCAUCAUCUGUCUCAUAUGCUCUUUUCCAAAGUUUAGAAAACCUGCAAAUCUACUCAUAGCCAACCUUUCGGUUUCAUCUCUGCUUUUGAUGGUUUCCGUCAAUAUCAGAUAUAUGGAAUUUUCAAUGGACCUUUGGACCUAUUCUUCUCUGUGGUGCCGCACGCUGGCCUGCUUACAUCGAAUACCCGUUCCACUCGUGGCCCUCACAACAAUGGCGAUCUCCUUUGACCGAGGUCGCGUUGCUCGGAAUCCUUUGACGAGAACAUGUUCCAUGAAUCCGUUUUGGAGGGUGAUAUUCAUCUGGAGCUUCUCUCUCCUCAUCGCUGCUCCACUAGGAGUCAGUCGAAAAUUUGAUCCUUGCAUCUCAAAUCCCUAUAAAUGUUCAAAGACGCUCCUUUUCAGCAACAUGUCCGUUACCAUAAUGUAUGCGAUCCUGUUCCUAUUUUCGGUCUACAUUAUACCCUCGAUGAUCCUGGUUCAAGAGUCGACGAAAACGCUGAGGAAAAUCAGAUUUCUUCGAGCUUCAAUCAAUGUGACUUGGUCUGAGAACAGGAUCGGGGUACAAAUUUUCCCAACAUUUCCAGACACCCGGCUUCGUCUGCUCCGGAACUCGUGUACUUUUUCGGUAAUAUUCCUCGUCUUCUGGUUACCGUAUGGGUUCGCUCAAUUUUUUCUGGACUUACCACAAAAUCUUCUCCCCGACAUUUUGGUGGCGUAUACUCAAUUUUAUGUCAAAGUGUUGAAGAACUUUACAUACAUUCAGGUCAUGAUGAAUCCUGUGAUUCUGUUUAUGCUCAGCUAUGAUUUUGGAACGUAUUGCCAACGGUUUAAAAUGAAGUGUCCGACGCUCGUGUAAAAGUGAAAGUUGUGAGAGUGAAAGUUUUACGGGUGGGUAAAUUAUGGAUGGAAAGUAUGUGUGAUAAAUUUAAUUAAACAUGAUUAAAUCAGUAAUUAAAUUAAAAAUUAAAUUGGUUACAUAAUUAGUGGUAACUAUUCGAGUACAACAAUGUACUUUUUUGAGUAUUUAGUACUUUAGCCUUCAGAUUACAUAAACGUUUAAAUUGAUGAAAACAAGUGAAAAGUCUAUAUUUACAUAGCUUAGAAUUUCUGGUACACGUGUCCUCAAUCAAUGAAUGUGCUAUUAUCAACCAUUUAUCAAAAUUAAUCUGUCUGUACCUGAAUUUGGUCUGAUUAAUGGAAUAUUGUACUAUAAUUGUAUUUCAUAAUUUAAUUUGCUUGUCAUCCAACUUUGCAUAAAUUGAAUAUUUUGAUUAAGCUACUACAAUCUGCAUCGCACAGGAAGAAAAUUGAGUAUAUAUGAAUGUACAUAAUUAAAAUUAUACACAUAUGUCUACUUAUUUAUAUUAAUUAUAAUUAAU